AUGCCUUCAGCGCUUCAAGCCCCCGACCAUCCGAUCGCCCUGCGUCGCACUCAUCUUAUUGCGCCGGGCCCGGAUCGCCUCACCAACACCCCCACGACCCUCACCAUCACCCGCACCAACACGCUCUCCGGCCGCGGUUUUAUCAUCCACCACCUCCGCAUGCACGAGCCAUACGACAGCCCCACCCGCCGCGCCCUCCUCUACACCGUCACCGGCAAGUUCUGGAGCGGCACCCAAGCGCGCGAAAUUCGAGAUGCCGCCGGCCGGCCUCUUCUCGAACUCCGUCGGAACUGGUGGCAGCGUGAAUGGAGCGUCAAGCGUGCGGGGAGAGGGGGUGAGGGUGGCGCCGGUGAUCGAGGCGGGGGUGGAAAUAAUAGUGAAGAGCUCAUGGGUGCCGAAAUGCGCUGGAGUACCGGUUCCAAGACAAAAAUGGCGGUUCGGGUAAAGAAUGCCUUGCUAGUCGGUGCCGGACCUGGUGCUGGUCGGCGAUCCACCGGCGUGUACGGGGAUUAUCCUGGCGACGACGAGUUCCUGCGCAGCGAGUAUUACCCCACGUACAACCACACGCGCACCGGCGGUCGUGGCGGGGCUCGUCGCUCGCAGUAUCACCAAUAUAGACGGUGGGCCUCGCCGCCCCCGCCGUACACUGCGACCGCGACCGCAACGUCCAACCCAACUUCGAAUCCCAGUAACGUUGCUGGCGGAGGCCAAGCGCUGCGUCGUCGACAUUCCACCGACACGGUCAGCUCAAGGAGUACGCAUCUGCCGUCGUAUGCGUCUGCACAUCGCCGAUCCACGCAUUCACUGCGCGAACUGCUCGAGGCCGUAGAACCCCCCGCCUUGCCGGCGCCGGCGACGAGUUUUGCGUAUUCAUUCCCACCGGCAAGACGGUAUUCCGAGGCGGCGGUGGGGGAGAAUGUGGACCUGCGAGUGGUGCAGAUGAGCAAUACGGUGGCGGCGGUGAUGAUGGGAGACAAGAAGAUUGUCUCGAUCCGGCGGGAAAAGAAGAUGGAUUUCAAACUGGGAGGGUUGAUGGAUCGGUGGGAGGUGGGCAUUGCAGAGGGAGUGGAUUUGUUGUUGGCCGUUAGUAUUGUGUUGAUUAUGGCGGAAUUCGUCCGACACGAAUACCAUCGCGAUCCUCCUAACAGCUCGCACGAAACCACGCACACCAAGGCGUUUCAAAUCGAGGAGUCGAGUCCAAAACGAGGAUGA